AUGAAAUAUGAGCUUUUACAACCAAUCCCUAAAAGUAUCUCUUUCUCUCCCUCUUUCUUUUUUGCUUUCUUUUCUUUCUUUCUUUCUUUCUUUCUUUCUUUCUUUCUUUCUUUCUUUCUUUCUUUCUUUCCCACACUCAGUCUUUCGUUCUCUCCCCAAAGAAACAUAAAUAGAGAGAGAGAAAUGGCGAGAGAAGAAGAUUUCUUUCUUUCUUUCUUUCUUUCUUUCUUUCUUUCUUUCUUUCUAGCCUUUCUUUCUUUUUUCCGUCCCUUCUUCCGUCCUCUGUUUGUCCGCCCAUGCGUCCAAACGUCAGCCCAUCCGCCAGCCUACCACCAGCCUGCCAGUGAACCCAGCUCCUCACAACCACAUCCUCGCCACCGCCGCAGUUCGCUACCGUGGAACUGCAAGAUAGCGCCUCUCCUAUUAACGUCUUCCGACGUUAAAACAGAAAAUUGGCUGUGCGACGAACGUCUUCAUUAUAAGGAUAUUGGCUUGGCGGGCCACAAAACAGCUGACCCGGCUUCGAGUGAUGAUGCUACCAAAUUCAUCCUUUUCUUGAUAUUGCUUUCUUUGUUUCGUUCAUUUGUUCAUUUACUGGUUCUCUCUUUCUUAUUUCUUACUGCUACCUUUUUGCUUCUUUUUUUCUUUCUUAUCCACUUUCUUAUUUUUUUUCAAAUUCUUACUUUGUUUCUUUCUUUUUCUUUCUUUCUUUUUCUUUCUUUCUUUCUUAUUCACUACUCUUUUCAUUUUUUGAAAAUAUUGUAUUAUCUUCUUUUUUCCCAUUCUUUCUUUCUUUCUUUCUUUCUUUCUUUCUUUCUUUCUUUUUCUUUCUUAUUCCCUAGUACUUCCUUUCUUUUUUCCUAA